UAAAGGGAGGGGAGGGGUCGCAGUUUUGACAGUAAUUUAACCUAGAGCAAACAGUAAACUAAAAUUAUCCCAACAGGGAAGGGUCUGGUUUAUCAGCGAUCACCAGAAUCCGAGCAGUACUGCGAUACAGACAGCACAGCCACUGAGGAGUCCUCUCUGUCGUUGCCGUUGUUUUCUCUUGUUAUUGUUUAAGAGGUCACUCAGGGGGCAAUGAAUUUUGGCCUGGGAUUAAAGCCGCCCGUGGGGGAGUCGAUGAGCACCAUGGACAACCUGGAGAAGCAGCUCAUUUGCCCCAUCUGUCUGGACAUGUUCACCAAGCCCGUGGUCAUCCUGCCCUGUCAGCACAACCUGUGCAGGAAGUGUGCCAGCGACGUCUUCCAGGCAUCCAGCCCGCUGUGGCAGAGUCGCGGCUCCACAGCCAUGACCACCGGGGGGCGCUUCCGCUGCCCAUCCUGCCGGCACGAGGUGAUCCUGGACCGCCAUGGCGUCUACGGCCUGCAGCGAAACUUGCUGGUGGAGAACAUCAUUGACAUUUACAAGCAGGAGUCCAGCAGGCCCUUGCACCCUCUGCCGGAGCAGCAGCAGCAGCAGCAGCAGCUGAUGUGUGAGGAGCACAAGGAGGAGCGGAUCAACAUCUACUGCCUGAGCUGUGAGACGCCCACCUGCUCCAUGUGCAAGGUGUUUGGCGCACACAAGGACUGUGAGGUGGCGCCGCUGCAAAGCGUUUACAAGCGCCAGAAGACAGAGCUUAGUGAUGGAAUAGCGAUCCUGGUGGCAGGAAAUGACCGGAUGCAGGCCAUCAUCUCACAGAUGGAGGACAUCUGCAGAAACAUAGAGGAGAACGGGCGGCGGCAGAAGCAGACCCUGUGCGACCAGUUCGACGGCCUCUACACCAUCCUGGAGGAGCGCAAGAAGGAGCUGGUGGAGAGCGUGAGCCGUGAGCAGGACCGCAAGCUUCGCCACGUGCGCGGACUCCUCCGUCGCCACGGCGACCACCUGGAGGCCGCCGUCAAGCUGGUGGAGACGGCCAUUCAGUCCAUGGAUGAGCCACAGAUGGCUGUGUUCCUGCAGUGUGCCAAGGAUGUGUUUAAGAAGAUCACGGACACGGCGAAGGCGCCCAAUCUGGAGCGGGCUGAGCCUGGCUACGAGAGCAUGGCCCAGUUUGUCAUCGACACGGACGAUGUCGCCGAUGUGUUGAGAAACAUCGACUUCCAGACAGGCUCUCAGAAUGAGGAUGAUGAUGAUCUGGAGGAAGAGGGUGAGGACCUGCCUGCUGUAGAUGGAGACCGUGUCCGAUAUUAAACCCACUUCACCUCAUCAUCAGGUCUGACCUCAACCCAACCCGACACCAAAUGGACACAUGGUCACGUUAAGAUUGAUAUCAGAUCUGGUGAAAGACUUGUUGAUCUGACUGAAAAUAGACAGGGACAUUAGAACAUGGGGAAAAUGUAGAGAAAAUGGUCUUUCAGUUCAUUGAAAGAUCUAGAAAAAGAAAUUGGUAUUGCAAAUUGUGAUUUACUGAGAAGCACUCUAAUGCUUCUAUUUUUUAUGGUGUGCUUCAUCAGGUUAAAAUAAUGUUCUUGUGCAAUAUAAGAGCCUGACUGCACUCAUGUAGUGCUCCCAUCUCAGUCCUCUCUCAGAUUACAUACUCACAAAGUAAAUGCCUGGCAGGCUAAUGAAAACGCCCAUCACGUUAGAAUGUUCACUCACAUAUGAAAAAAGGGCUCUAAUGGGCAAAUUGCAGAGUCCAAAGCUUUCAUCCACUUCCUUGCGUUUAAGGCCUGCCACCUCGCCACCUGCCAACACUCUUCCUGUGCAUUUGGUGUGGCCAUUCACGUUCCUUAAGUAAGAGGACAGGCACGCCUGCUCUGCCUCUGAUCCGUGGCCAGUGAGAGGAAAGGGCCGGACAGUAAUGGGGUGUGGAGGCAGAGAAACACUCACGCCUCCCCUCAUCUCUGGAUAUGGAUCAAACGUCUGUGUUGACACCCCCAGCGGACCCAUAUACAAAAGAGCAGUCAUGACAAACCCCCCCCCCCCCCCCUCCCCACCACCACCACCACCACCCCAAUCCUCUAAUCAAUCCUCUCCCCUCCAUACACACACACACCUCUAGCAAAUGGAUCAUUUUCAUCAAAGGGAGGGAACGUGCACUGUGAGCCCACUACCGAAUGUAUAAAUGACACAAAGAGCUGCUUGGUAGGUUGUAGUAACUGUAGAAGCUGUCUCUGGUUAGCAAGGUGCCACUACUUUACAGGUAACCAAUGCUUUAGGCCCAUCUUAAACCUUAAACACUGUGAGCACUGAGAGAGGUGCUUGAUUCAUUUGGCCAUGGACACAGGGUGAUUAAAUUCAAGCUGGGUUUUGUAAAGUACCUUGACACAUUAAAUUGUUAUAGUACUCUAUAAAAUAAAUGUAAUGCAAAUUAAAUGGGAGUUUCAUCUUGUUUAUGUUUAACAUCAUAAAGUCCAGGGCUCACAUUCAAAAAUAAUCUUAAGCCUAAUAGUAGCUCCUAACUGACAUAUUUUUUAGGAACUCCUAACAAUAAUGGGCUUGUCAGCCUUUUUAUUUUAGUUAUUUUUGACUAAGAUUAAUUCACUUCACAUUUUAGCAUUAAAAGUAGCACCUAUGUCUGAGAGAGCUUAUGUAGUCAAGAGGUACCAAGACUAAUUCUCAAAUGCCAUCUGUGUCAUUCCACAUGACAAUGUUUCGAAAUGCACAUGCAGAAUCACUUUCACAAGAUGUCAAUCACAAGGGAGUUGUUGUGCAGCUUGUUAGCGAUGCAAUACCACUACCACCAACAAAACCAUUCAUUGUCAAAAUGUAAACUAAAUGUAACAUUUUAUUGUAAAUCUAAUUAAAUCUUCCUGUCUAUGCAAACGUGUGAUCAUAAAGAUUUGCAAAGCUACUGUCAAUCAGUAGCCAAUGUUUAGCCAAUCCAUAGUGUUACUAUUUCAUUCAUUGCCAGCCAUCUUUAAUUACAUCUAUUUGCCGUCCAUUGUGGUGGACAUGUAGCGUAUGCCUAGUCACCAGCACUGACCUGCCACUCAUCAACCAACCACUGAGGUCACUCAAGCACGCUCGCAUGACAACUGCCAUAGCACUAGAGCCUUUCUCUUAUCUUAGGAGUUUGCAUUGGAGUUUUUCCUUAAUAAAAGUUGGUGUCAGCA